AUGUUUCUUUCAACAUCACUUGCGAUUCUGGUGGUAUUUUCGUUUAUCGUCUAUCGCUAUUUUAAAUAUUCUUCUUCCAUCAUUGAACGUGAUGCUACUAAACCACGACGACUUCCAACACAAUGGUUAAUAGGUAUCAUCUGGACUGCGGGUCUUGGAGCAUUUCAUGAGUCAAUCGCCAAACUGAAAUAUCCAGAUGUACAAGCGAAGAUCAAAGAAGAACUCUAUCGUCAUGGCUUAACUUCCGAUGCUAUACUUACACCCGAAGACUUGGACGAGUUGGUCUACAUGGAAUGUGUCAUGAAAGAAAUACUAAGAUAUGCUCCGAUUACUGCUGGAAUCGUUCGUCAAGCAACACGGGAUGAUGUAAUCAAUGAUAUUAUCGUCAAAAAAGGUGAUAUUUUUUUAAUUGCAACACAGAAUAUGCACCGAGACCCACGUUAUUGGAAGAUUGAUCCUAUGAAAUUCCUUCCUGAACGGUUUCUUGACGAAGACAAACAUCCAACUCCAUACGCCUACAUGCCAUUCGGUGGUGGUCAUCGGGCAUGCAUCGGUCAGGAUUUGGCUUUGUUUGAAUUCAAAAUUGCUAUUACACAGCUUAUGCAACGUAUUACAAUUGAAGAUGCUGGCAAUGAGGCAAACAAUUCUGGUGGAUUUAUACAACGCAUCACUUGCUUUCCAAAACAUGUAGCUGUAAGAGUUUAUAUGGAUUCAGACGCGAAGUUGCCGGUGUAA